CAACAUCUGUAGAUGAUGAAGGUGAUUAAAACACCUUGUGGUCCCUGGGGUCAUGUGGCUCAGCAGUCUGCAUGGCAAACACACAACACUCGAGCCCCGCUCCAAGCAUCAGGACCGCUCUCUCCUUCACAUCAGAGGCAUUCAGGAGCACCGGAGCCCUUUGAGGACCUUCGGGGAAUGGCCCCUGAACGUGAUGGCUCCAACACCACCACCACGGCCACCACCAGGGUCCUGACCAACCAGUUCGCGCAGCCUGCGUGGCGCAUUGCGCUCUGGUCCGUGGCAUACAUCACGGUGCUGGUGGUGGCCGUCUUCGGCAACUUGAUCGUAAUUUGGGUCAUUCUUGCGCACAAGCGGAUGAGGACCGUCACCAACUACUGCCUACUGAACCUGGCUUUCUCCGACGCCUCCAUGGCUGCCUUCAACACCCUCAUCAACUUCAUCUACGCGGCCCACGGAGACUGGUACUUUGGAGAGGUCUACUGCAGGUUCCACAACUUCUUCCCGGUCACAGCUGUGUUUGCCAGCAUCUACUCCAUGACCGCGAUAGCCUUGGACAGAUACAUGGCGAUCAUCUACCCUCUGAAGCCUCGUCUGUCUGCCAAGGCCACAUUAGGAGUUAUCUUCUGUAUCUGGACCCUUGCUGUGGUUCUGGCCUUCCCUCUCUGUUACUUCUCCACAACCAGAUCAUUACCAGGCAGGACCUUCUGCUAUGUGGCCUGGCCCCGCAUGGCUGAUGACCCUUUCAUGUAUCACAUCAUAGUUACUGUUCUGGUUUACGUGCUGCCCUUAGCUGUGAUGGGCAUUACUUAUACGAUAAUCGGAUUGUCGCUGUGGGGAAGCGAGGUCCCUGGAGACUCAUCUGAAAACUAUCAUGCACAGCUCCGGGCUAAAAGGAAGGUGGUAAAGAUGAUGAUCAUUGUGGUGGUGACCUUUGCCCUCUGCUGGUUGCCAUAUCAUGUCUACUUCAUUGUGACCGGUCUCGAUAAGAGUCUGAUUAAGUGGAAGUACAUCCAGCAGGUUUAUUUGUCAGUGCUGUGGCUGGCCAUGAGCUCCACCAUGUACAAUCCCAUCAUCUACUGCUGCCUCAACAGCAGGUUCAGGGCUGGCUUCAAGCAGGUCUUCCGCUACUGUCCCUUCGUUCGGAUGUCAAGCUACGACGAGCUGGAGCUCCAAAGCACCAGACUUCGACCGUGUCACCAGAGCAGCAUGUGCACCCUCUCUCGAGUAGACACCAGCAUCCUGAGCAAAAACAAGAGUGUUUGUUCUCGAGGAAACCGGUCCAAGGCAAACUUUGCAGAAUAAUAUAGACAGCUAGACCCCAAUGGGACACCCCCUCGCUAGCUGCUCAGAAGAUUAUGUUUACAUUGUUUUUAACUGAGGCUCCGUGUUUUACGUUUGGUCAGGGGUUUUAUUUAGGAAGUGUUUGAUUCUAUGAUCCCUGCUGACAACUUCUGUUCUUUUUGAAAAUUCUUGCAAUUUUUCCCAGACACUUAAGAGUUUACAAGUUAGCCAAGCCUGGAAAAUGGUUACCAGCAUAUUGUUGCUCCAAUGGUGAGUAAACCACAUAGCAAAAGAAAGAGACUUCAGUUUUUAGUGUUAAGUUUGCCCCCCAACUCAUAAAUAUAGAGGAGCAGUUGCUUCACUUGCUCCAUUGUUCAGGCGCCUUUCCUGUGAAAAGCACCUCCUCGGGAAACAGGAAAUUUACUGAGAGGAUACGUAGGGAGAUUUCAAUAGGCUAUCUGAGAUAACAGUUUGCUUAAAGAAACAUAUUAAUGCUGGUGUUGAGAGCCAGCAGGGAGCUGGUUUUAGAUGGUAGUGGAACCAGUGUGAAAAUGACACACAAAAGCUCACAAAAACACCCGAGGUGCUGUGGAUAAAGACAGAAAUAAGAAAGCAUAACCCUAACUGCAAGCCAAAAUCUCUAUAAACUUUGUUGACAAAACUACAUUUGAUUUUAAAAUAAGCUGUUGAAGGUUUUCUUUAAACCUUUUUCAAAUUAAAUUAUAAUUCAAAAAUUAUUUUGUACUAUAUAUUAACACUUUUGAAGGGAAGUUUACAAAAAUCUAAACACUGAAGAGACGACUCAAGUUUUGAAGCUGGAAGGUGGAUGAAGCUGGAAAGAAAUGUCAGCAGUGAUGUAGGAAGUAAAGAAAACAGACAAAUUGUGAAUUUUAUAGGCAGGGUAUCCUGUUCUGUUACUGUACAUCUGGAGUUCAAGUCAUUUUCAGUUUAGCUUAUCUAUAAAUCACCGUAACAAAUAUUGUGUCAAGGUGUUUUACAAGACAAACUGGUCCAGUUUCCAAUGAGCUUCACUUGUGGAAAUGAAACCUUUAAGCUCAACAUUAUUAAUACGACUGCUAGAUUUAACUUUAGAGUAAUAUUUUAAUUUUACCAACAUGUUUCUUCUCACUGGAAGUAAAAUUAACUCUCUGCAGCCCAGCAAAAGUCCCGACUUGGAUCUUAAAGAGGAUCUGUGAAGGAAGCUAGAGAUUAGGGUGAUGGCUAGGAUGCUUUCCAACCUCAAAGACCUGGAGCUCAUCACCAAUGAUUAAUCACCUUAAUACCAGUGGAAGUAUGCAAAACGCUUGUCAGUAAUUAUUGGAAGGGUUUGACUGCUGUAAGGCCAAUGAAGAUUUUUUGGUUGAUCCUUGGAAUGGGUAUAAAUCAUUUUCCACAUAUAGUUUUUUCUUUAAAAUGCAAAUCAAAGCAGAUAAAUAUUUUUCCCAAAGAAAAUAAUACUUGUGUCUUUUGAGAGAUGCCUGUCUUAUUUCCCCUGAGUGACAACGUCUUGGUUAAAUGAGAAUUAUUUUAAAUGUAAAUUUGCCAGAGAUAUGAAUAAUUUUAGGCUUAACUUUAUUAUGUAUUAACAUGCAAAACACAUGGG